GCUGUCAGUGUAGUGGUGGCCGUCGUGACACGCGCUCGCUCAAUGUGUGCGUGCCCGCUCAUGGCAGCCGACUAUGACGGUUCGUAGAUUUGACAGCUAGCUCAAUGCCGGUUCAGACGUUCAUUAAACGCCGACCGAUGUAAUUUUUGGAACAUACUCGAUUCAUAUUAUAGUGAUAAAAUUGUUAGAUUACAUUUACGCGAUUCGCGAAAGCAGUGAUUUUUCAAACAGUGCCCGCGCUUUUCCCGCGAACUUGAACUUGAAUUUCGCGCUAUCAGAAUGUGUCAAAUAUUCCGAUUGAUUCGUGUCCGGUCCGUUGCGAUGAGUGUUUACUUAUGAUGUUCGCAAUUAGACGCGCUCCGUUGAAAUUCUGUCUGAGGGGCUACGGCAUGAAUAAAAUAUUGUUUGCUGUUUGGUGGUCCCAACAUAAAUAUACGAUAACAGUUUUUACUGUUGAAAAAAAUACAUCGCACGUUUUGUAACGAGGCAAGAAGACAUUCAAAUAAAUCAAUUAAGGAUGCCGAGGAAAAGAUGAUAAAAAUAUAAUAUGUGCAUUUGACAAUAAUUGUUUUGUGUUGUGUUAAAAUAUUUUUAAUUAAUUUUGAAAUAUAUGAAACGUGUAAAACGAAAACAAAUAGUGAUUUUAACAACUAGUGACUGAUUUAGCAACUUUUGUAGGGCUUGCAAUAUUUUUUGCACAUUUUUUUUUAUUUUGUUGAAGAUUGGACGGAUUAUUAUUUGAUUCGCCGAGUUUCCGAUGAGGAGGCACCGUCUGGAAUCGCGUGAAGCAUCAGCGGGUUCGAUCACCGCCGCGUAGUGAAUGGAAUCCGAAGUGUUUGUGUGGUGACCGUAUCGGUGAUAGUGUCGGCCUCAGCGGCCGAGAAUCUGCAACGGAAGAUACGGACGCGAGCAGCGCGGGCUGCGGGCCCGCGAUGAGCGCCAACAACUGCGACAGCAUGACAUACUUCUCUAACGCCUACGCCAUGCCGGACAUGAGGAACGGGGGCGGUCACGAGCACCAGCAGGCGCACGCGCACUACGGCGCUGUGCCACAACAAGGCCACGAGAUGGACGGCUGCGACCAGCAGCUGCGGCCGGCGCAACACCACUAUCCCGCUCAGCCCGCGCCCGGUAUGCCCUACCCGAGGUUUCCGCCUUACGAUCGGCUAGGCUAUUACCAGCAAAUGGAGCAGAACGGCUACCGACCCGAUAGUCCCACUCAGAUGGGCCACAUGGGCCCCAAGUCGGACGGGUACGGGCCGAACGGGCACCAGCCCCCGGCGCCCGCGGUCUACACGUCGUGCAAGCUCCAGGCGGCGGCGGCGACGGCGGGCGGCGUGCCGGGCGGCGUUCCAGGCAGCCCACCGCUGGAGCAGGCACAGCAGAUGCCGCACCACAUGCACGCGCAGCAGCACAUGGUGCAGCAUGGCGUGCACCAGCAGCACCUCAUGUACCCAGUGGACGACAUGCAGCACCAGACGCAGAUGCCGCCCAUGCACCAGCAGGCCAUGCAUGCGCAGCAGCCGCCACAGCAGCCCCCUCCCAACACCAACGCCUCGCUGCCCAGUCCGCUCUACCCUUGGAUGCGAAGUCAAUUUGAACGGAAGCGGGGGAGGCAGACAUACACGCGGUACCAAACGCUCGAGCUUGAGAAGGAGUUCCACUUCAACCGGUACCUGACGCGGAGGAGAAGGAUCGAGAUCGCGCACGCAUUGUGCCUCACCGAGCGCCAGAUCAAGAUCUGGUUCCAGAAUCGCCGCAUGAAGUGGAAGAAAGAGAACAAGACCAAAGGCGAGCCGGGCUCCGGCGAUGAGCCGGACAACAUGAGUCCGCCGACCUCGCCGCAGUAGACCAUGCCGCAGUUGAACGCGCCGCAGCAGACUGUGCCGCAGUAGACCGCGCAGCGCUCGCAGCGAUCCCAAGCGAUCGGUUCGCUUCACCCGACAACAUCGACAAUUUAUUUUCAUACAACGUUGGUUUCGCGCAACCGAUACCGGCUCUGAGGCCGGACCUACUAGAACUUUAAUUUGUAUAAAUUGUAUGUUGGACUUUUCAUAAUAUUACAUUAUAAACUAAUACGUAAACUUAGUGACUUGGUAAAGAGUAAAGAUAGUGUGAUGAAGAGAUUUUUACAGUUGUUAAGUAUAAAUUAAUUUAUAGAACAAUCUCAAUACCAAUAAUUACCAA